AUGUUUCCAGGGCAGAAAGCCCAGCAGAAGACAGCACCCAUACAGUAUAAAGAUUUGACCCUACAAAGAGCUUGGGCAGAAAUUCAGACAGUGGAGGAGAAGAAGGGUAGAGAAGGUGAAGCACUGACUGAAGAGGGAGAGGCACAGGUGAAGCGCAGUCCGUUUGAGAAGGCCAUUUAUGACCUCACCCACAAUGAAAGAGUGAUCAGUGACGUGACAUUCGGCCGGCGCAUCAGCUUUUAUGAGCUCCGUGGGGAACUUGGCCAGGGGAACUUCUCUCAGGUCAAACUCGGCAUCCAUGAGCUGACCAAAGAGAGGGUUGCAGUGAAAAUUCUUGACAAAGUUCGUCUGGACAAGAGAUCACAGUCCCUCUUUGCUUCUGAGAUUGGCUGUAUGGAGAAACUGUCCCACCCGAACAUCGUGCGGCUCUUUGAAGUGAUAGAGACGUUCAGACGCCUGUACCUGGUGAUGGAGUAUGCCUCUGGAGGAGACCUUUUCUCUAGAAUCACCACAAAGGGGCGCUUGUCUGAUCUUGAGUGUAAACUCAUUUUCUCUCAGAUUCUCUCAGCAGUCAAGCACAUGCAUGAAAAAAACAUCAUCCAUAGAGACCUGAAGGCAGAGAAUGUGUUGUACACAGCCACCUACUGUGUUAAGGUGGGUGAUUUUGGUUUCAGCACCGAGUGUAAACCUGAUGAGAUCCUUACCACGUUCUGUGGUUCUCCACCCUACGCUGCACCUGAACUUUUCAAGGACAAGGGCUAUGUUGGUCAUUAUGUGGAUAUCUGGGCACUUGGUGUGUUGCUUUACUUCAUGGUGAGUGCUACCAUGCCCUUCAAUGGCAGCAACCUGGGAAAGCUCAAGUUUGCCAUCCUACAGGGCUCCUACAGCGUACCAGCCUAUGUCCCCGAGCCGUGUCAACGCAUCAUCACAGGUACCCUGAGGCCCAUACCCGUUGACCGGAUCUCACUGGCACAGAUCAUGAGCAGCGUAUGGCUGAAAGGUAUCGAUUACCCCCAGGCAUACCCUUAUUUUCCGCCAAAUCCCAGGCACCUGGCCAGUUCCACGCAAACUCUCACUACAGAUGAGCUAGGGGUCAGAGCAGCUCUGGAGGAGCUGGGCAUAAGUCAGGUUCACCUUGCAAAUAAUGGCACUGGCACUGGCAUGGACUCCCAAAGCCCAAUUACAGGGGUUUACCGAAUCUUAUUGCACCGAGCCCAGAAAAGGAGGUACGUGGAGGCAGUGGGUUACACACCUUUGUACCCCAGAGAUUUCCAGCCUGGCAGACGUUGGUCCCUCCCUCCAAAACUGAGGAGCCCAAACCCCACUGUAGUUUGUUGCAUUCUGUAG